CAACCUCAGCUCAUUCCCCUCCCCUGCCCUCUCCCUCUGUCCCUCCAUCCCUCUGUCCCUCCACUGCCCCAGCACCAUGCAGCCCACCUCAGGUCCCAGCCUGCUGCUGCUGCUGCUUCUAGCCAGUCUCCCCAUGGCCUUGGGGAACCCCAUGUAUUCCAUGAUCACCCCCAACAUCCUGCGUCUGGAGAGCGAGGAGACUGUGGUGCUGGAGGCCCACGGAGGACAAGGGAAUAUUCAGGUCUCGGUCACUGUCCACGACUUCCCGGCCAAGAAACAAGUGCUGUCAAACGAAAACACCCAGCUGAACAGCAACAAUGGCUACCUGAGCACCGUCAUCAUCAAGAUCCCGGCCAGCAAAGAGUUAAAAUCAGAAAAGGGGCACAAGUUCGUGAUUGUUGUCGCGACCUUCGGGAAUGUCCAGGUGGAGAAGGUGGUGCUGAUCAGCCUUCAGAGCGGGUACCUCUUCAUCCAGACGGACAAGACCAUCUACACCCCAGGCUCCUCGGUCCUCUAUCGGGUCUUCACUGUGGACCACAAGCUGCUGCCCGUGGGCCAGACGGUUUUCAUCAGCAUCGAGACUCCCGAUGGCGUCCUUGUCAAGCAGGACUCCCUGUCUUCUCACAACCAGUUUGGCAUCUUGGCCUUGUCCUGGAACAUUCCAGAACUGGUGAACAUGGGGGUGUGGAAGAUCAAAGCCCACUAUGAAGAUUCUCCGCAGCAGGUCUUCUCCACUGAGUUUGAGGUGAAGGAAUAUGUGCUUCCCAGUUUUGAGGUCCAGCUAGAGCCUGAAGAGAAAUUCUACUACGUUGAUGACCCAGAUGGCCUGAAGAUCAACAUCAUUGCCAGGUUCUUGUACGGGGAGCUGGACGGAACAGCUUUCGUCAUCUUUGGGGUCCAGGAUGGUGACCGGAGAAUUUCAUUGACUCACUCCCUCACCCGUGUUCCGAUCAACGAUGGUAAUGGGGAGGCCAUACUGAAACGUCAGGUUUUGCUGAAUGGAGUACAGCCCUCCCGAGCUGAUGCCCUGGUGGGCAAGUCCAUAUAUGUGUCCGCCACCGUCAUCUUGCAAUCAGGCAGCGACAUGGUGGAGGCGGAGCGCACUGGGAUCCCCAUUGUGACUUCCCCCUACCAGAUCCAUUUCACCAAGACCCCCAAGUUCUUCAAACCUGCCAUGCCCUUCGACCUCAUGGUGUACGUGACGAACCCUGACGGCUCCCCUGCCCGCCACAUCCCAGUGGUGACCCAGGGCAGCAAUGUGCAGUCCUUGACCCAGGAUGAUGGCGUGGCCAAGCUAAGCAUCAACACACAGAACAAACGGGAUCCCCUGACCAUCACCGUACGCACAAAGAAGGACAAUAUCCCCGAGGGGCGACAGGCCACCAGGACCAUGCAGGCCCUACCCUACAACACGCAGGGGAACUCCAAUAACUACCUGCACCUCUCUGUGCCCCGAGUGGAGCUCAAGCCUGGGGAGACUCUCAACGUCAACUUCCACCUGCGCACAGACCCCAGCCAGCAAGCCAAGAUCCACUACUACACCUACAUGAUCAUGAACAAGGGGAAGCUGUUGAAGGUGGGACGCCAGGACCGAGAGCCCGGCCAGGACCUGGUGGUGUUGCCCUUGACCAUCACAUCAGACUUCAUCCCUUCCUUCCGCCUGGUGGCCUAUUACACGCUGAUCAAUGCCAACGGCCAGAGGGAGGUGGUGGCCGACUCCGUGUGGGUGGAUGUCAAGGACUCGUGUAUGGGCACGCUGGUGGUGAAAAAUGAUGGGAAGGAAGAGAAAAAGCAUCGACCCGGGAAACAGAUAACCCUGAAGAUCGAGGCUAACCACGGGUCCCGAGUGUGGUUGGUGGCCGUGGACAAGGGCGUGUUUGUGCUGAAUAAGAAGAACAAAUUGACCCAGAGUAAGAUCUGGGACGUGGUGGAGAAAGCGGACAUUGGCUGCACCCCAGGCAGUGGAAGAGACUAUGCCGGCGUCUUCACGGAUGCAGGACUCACCUUCAAGACAAGCCAGGGCCUGGAGACCCAGCAGAGGUCAGAUCCGCAGUGCCCGAAACCAGCCGCCCGCCGACGCCGCUCGGUGCAGCUCAUGGAGAAGAGGAUGGAUAAAGUGGGUCAGUACAGCGGCGAUCUGCGCAAGUGCUGCGAAGACGGCAUGCGGGACAACCCCAUGAAGUUCCCGUGCCAGCGCCGGGCCCAGUUCAUCCUGCAGGGCGACGCGUGCGUCAAGGCCUUCCUGGACUGCUGCGAGUACAUCGCUCGGCUGCGGCAGCAGCACAGCCGCGAGGGCGCCCUGGAGCUGGCCCGGAGUGACCUGGAUGAUGAAAUAAUCCCAGAAGAGGACAUCAUUUCCCGAAGCCAAUUCCCCGAGAGCUGGUUGUGGAUCAUUAUUGACGACUUUAAACAACCAGACAAAAAUGGAAUCUCCACGAAGCUCACGAAAGUGUUUUUGAAAGACUCCAUCACCACUUGGGAGAUUCUGGCCGUGAGCUUGUCGGACAAGAAAGGGAUCUGUGUGGCUGACCCCUAUGAGAUCACUGUGAUGCAGGAUUUCUUUAUUGACCUGCGUCUCCCCUACUCGGUGGUGCGCAAUGAGCAAGUGGAGAUCCGAGCGAUCCUCUACAACUACCGGGAGGCCGAAAAUCUCAAGGUGAGGGUGGAAUUGCUCUACAAUCCAGCCUUCUGUAGCCUGGCCACUGCCAAGAAACGCCAUCAGCAGAAUAUAAUGAUCCCAGCCAGGUCCUCAGUGGCGGUACCUUACGUCAUUGUGCCCCUGAAGGUCGGCCUCCAUGAGGUGGAGGUCAAGGCUGCCGUCUACAAUCACUUCAUCAGUGAUGGUGUCAAGAAGACCCUGAAGGUCGUGCCAGAAGGAAUAAGAGUCAACAAAACUGUGGCCAUUCGCACACUGAAUCCAGAAUAUCUGGGUCAAGAUGGGGUGCAGCGAGAGGAAGUCCCAGCUGCAGAUCUUAGUGAUCGAGUCCCAGACACCGAGUCAGAGACCAAGAUCCUCCUGCAAGGGACUCCGGUGGCCGAAAUGGCAGAGGACGCCAUCGACGGAGAGCGGCUGAAGCACCUUAUUCAAACCCCCUCGGGCUGUGGGGAGCAGAACAUGAUUGGUAUGACGCCCACGGUCAUCGCCGUGCACUACCUGGACAGCACUGAGCAGUGGGAGAAGUUCGGCGUGGAGAAGCGCCAGGAGGCCCUGGAGCUCAUCAGAAAGGGGUACACCCAGCAGCUGGCUUUCAGACAAAAAAGCUCAGCCUACGCCGCCUUCCAAAAUCGGCCCCCCAGCACCUGGCUGACUGCCUACGUGGUCAAGGUCUUUGCACUGUCCGCCAACCUCAUCGCCAUAGACUCCAGGGACCUCUGUGAGACCGUCAAAUGGCUGAUCCUGGAGAAGCAGAAGCCUGAUGGAAUCUUCCAGGAGGAUGGGCCCGUGAUACACCAAGAAAUGAUUGGUGGCUUCAAGGACGCCAGGGAGAAAGAUGUGUCCCUUACAGCCUUUGUUCUCAUCGCGCUGCACGAGGCUAAAGACAUUUGCGAGGCACAGGUCAACAGCCUGGGCCGCAGCAUCACUAAGGCAGGAAACUUCCUUGAAAACCACUACAGAGAGCUGCGAAGACCAUAUACUGUGGCCAUUGCUGCCUAUGCCCUGGCUUUGUUGGGCAAGCUGGAGGAUGACCGCCUCACCAAAUUUCUGAAUACAGCCAAAGAAAAAAACCGCUGGGAGGAACCCAACAAGAAGCUCUACAAUGUGGAGGCCACGUCUUACGCCCUCUUGGCUCUGCUGGCACGCAAAGACUUCGACACUGUGCCUCCUGUCGUGCGCUGGCUCAACGAGCAGAGAUACUAUGGAGGUGGUUAUGGCUCCACGCAGGCCACUUUCAUGGUGUUCCAAGCCCUGGCCCAAUACCAGAAGGAUGUUCCUGAUCACAAGGAGCUGAACCUGGAUGUGUCCAUCCACCUGCCCAGCCGCAAUUCUUUGGUCAAGCAUCGUAUCCUCUGGGAAUCUGCCAGCCUCUUGCGCUCAGAAGAGACUAAGGAAAAUGAGCCUUUCACAGUAAGAGCUGAAGGGAAAGGACAAGGCACCUUGUCGGUAGUGACCAUGUACCAUGCCAAGCUCAAAGGCAAAGUCUCCUGCAAAAAGUUCGACCUCCGGGUUUCCAUACACCCAACCCUCGAACCAGUCAAGAAGCCUCAGGACGCCAAAGGUUCCAUGAUCCUUGACAUCUGUACCAAGUACCUGGGAGACCAGGAUGCCACUAUGUCCAUCCUUGAUAUAUCCAUGAUGACAGGCUUCUCACCUGAUAUUGAUGACCUGAAACUGCUGAGCACUGGUGUCGACAGAUACAUCUCUAAGUAUGAGAUGAACAGAGACUCCAACAAGAACACACUCAUCAUCUACCUGGACAAGGUCUCACACACACAGGAGGACUGUCUGUCCUUCAAAGUUCACCAGUACUUUAAUGUCGGACUUAUACAGCCUGGGGCAGUCAAGGUGUACUCCUAUUACAACCUGGAUGAAACUUGUAUCCGCUUCUAUCACCCGGAUAAAGAGGACGGAAUGCUGAGCAAACUCUGCCACAAAGAUACCUGCCACUGUGCAGAGGAGAACUGCUUCAUGCACCACACGGAGGAGGCGAUCACUCUGGAGGACCGGCUGGACAGGGCCUGCGAGCCGGGCGUGGACUAUGUAUACAAGACCAGACUCCUCCAGAAGAAGCUUGAAGAGGACUUUGACGAGUACAUCAUGGUGAUCGAGCAAAUCAUCAAAUCGGGCUCUGACGAGGUGCAGGUGAAACAGGAGCGCAAGUUCAUCAGCCACAUCAAGUGCAGGGAAGCCCUUAAACUGAAGGAGGGGGCACACUACCUCGUGUGGGGCGUGUCCUCUGACCUGUGGGGCGACAAACCCAACAUCAGCUACAUCAUCGGAAAGGACACCUGGGUGGAGCUGUGGCCCGAAGCUGAAGAAUGUCAAGAUGAGGAGAACCAGAAACAGUGCGAGGACCUGGCCAGCUUCACGGAGAACAUGGUUGUCUUUGGCUGCCCCAACUGAUCCCACACACACACCCUCUCACACACACUGUCCACCCAAUAAAGCUUCACUUCUGUUUCACAUGUC